GCACAGGAGAAAAGGAGAGAGGUGGUUUGCAAGUUCUUUCCCAGGUGUUUACGAAUAUAGACGGAGAAGGAGAGAGGGGGGUCGGCAAGGGGAAGGAAGUAAGUCUGGAGGUGGUAGGUGGGGGGGGGGGGGGGGGGGGGGGGAGAGGGGGAGAGUUUGAGAAAGGUAGCGAGGGAGUUGGCUGUGGUUUGUCAAGCGGAAGACGGGCAAUAAGGCCAGCCAAAAUGAUUGAGAUUCCAUAUUUCACGGCGUUGACCACGUACUUCAGCUAUGCGCUGCUUUUCGUCCUCGGACAUAUCCGAGACACUUUCAGUUAUCUGUUGUUCCGCUCUCAAACGACAAAGGGAUACGCCCCUCUUUGUCGCGACUUUGAGGAUUUUUACACCCGGCGCUUCUACCGCCGCAUACAGGAUUGCUGGAAUCGGCCAAUUUGUAGUGCACCUGGUGCUUGGAUCGAUGUUGUUGAACGACAGAGCUUUGAUAACAACAAAACCUUGAAGCAGACGACAAAGGUUCAAAAAUGCCUAAAUCUGGGGUCCUACAACUACCUUGGGUUUGCUGCCCAAGAUGAAUUCUGCACAGGAAGGGUGAUUGCAUCAUUGGAGCGCUUUGCAGGAAGCACCUGCAGUGGAUGCUUGGAUGCAGGAAUGACCACUGAACAUGAGGAGCUUGAGAAUCUUGUCGCGACGUACUUGGGCAAGGAGGCGGCUAUGGUGUAUGGGAUGGGUUUUGCAACUAACUCCAGCACAAUUCCAGCACUUGUCGGCAAGGGUUGUCUUGUAAUCAGUGAUUCUUUGAAUCACUCUUCGAUAGUGGCUGGCGUCCGUGGGUCUGGUGCCAAAGUGAAGGUCUUCAAACACAACAGUCCAGAGCAUCUGGAGCAGGUUCUGCGCAAGUCAAUUGCGGAGGGUCAACCCCGGACGCAUCGGCCAUGGAAGAAGGUGCUAAUUAUGGUGGAAGGCGUAUACAGCAUGGAAGGGGAGAUGGUACGGCUACCAGAAAUUGUGGCAAUCAAGAAGGCCUACAAGGCGUACUUAUAUCUUGAUGAAGCACACAGCAUUGGAGCUGUUGGUCCUACGGGAAGAGGUGUGUGCGAGUAUGCCGGUGUGGAUACUGCCGACAUUGACAUCAUGAUGGGAACAUUUACAAAGUCGUUUGGUUCCUGCGGUGGCUACAUAGCAGGAUCCAAGGAAUGACCACUGAACAUGAGGAGCUUGAGAAUCUUGUCGCGACGUACUUGGGCAAGGAGGCGGCUAUGGUGUAUGGGAUGGGUUUUGCAACUAACUC